AUGUUGUUGCACGCAGCACUGUUGUUCAGCUUCACGACAUCAGCUCUAUCGUUGGAGUGCUAUCAGGGGAUUGAAGGAGCUGUGACUAGAAGAACUGUGCUCGAAAAGGUGUGCAUUUAUGAAACAAACACUCCAUGUGAUUUCAAAACUUUGCCUGAAAGCAAAAAGAAUUUUUACGUGGCUAAUCCAGGCAAAACUUUCAACAGAUGCUGGACAGGACCUAAUAGAACUUUAUGCGCCUGCGACACCGACAGAUGUAAUGGAAAUUUCAAAUUAUUGUUGAACCUCUGGAUGAAAUCAAGGCACACGAACCAGACGCAAAAAGAAUGUGUAGCUGAAUAUCUCCGGAAAAAAAAAAACUUGGAUCUAACAGAAUCGUCGAUCACCACCUUCACGACAGAAAAAUCAAACUCGAGCACAUCCGACUGGGAAAUGAGCACGAAAAGUGCAAAUUUGACGAAAAUGAAUACAGCGAAAAUGGCAGAAAGCUCUAAGCUCGCAGAAAAAGCAAAUUUCUCAACCAUCAAGUUGCUCGCUACAUUAAAGACAGAAACAAUUGCAUCAGCUAAAUCAAUGAAGUCGAGAGUGACGUUCGCAAACUAUCCAAAUAGUUCAACACCGCGACAAAAAACUCCAGGGAUCUCGGCUACCACGCAUGGUCCACGCACAUCGAAAGCGCCGCAGGAACCUUUCAACUACGAUGACGAUGACGAUAUCACACCCCCAGCUCAAAGUCACAUUAAGGAUGGUAAAAAAUCGAAGAAAAGCACUACCAAAUCUUCGAUCGUUGCGUACGCGACUAUCUGCGUCGUGCUGCUGGUUUUACUUUUCGUUGUUCUGCCAUUGAUUGCACUCUGUGUAGUCUAUAGAAAGCGCAGAAAGGGAAGAAAAACUCCAGCGAAACAAGUGAUAUCGGGGCAAUUCGCCAAACAAGUUCCAAAACGAAGUGUAGUGGUGCCAUCGCAGACUGUCAAACAGAAGCAAGCAGAGAAUGUACAAGCUUCAAGGCAAAGUUCGGGACAAUCUUUCAAUUGGAAUUCAUUGAACCCACAGCAAGUUCCCGGAUACAGUUCACAAUCUAAUACAAGACAAGAUACGUUGCAAAGCUCAGCACAGGAGGCGCAAAGAGGCAAUAAAGGACAAUUCAAGCAUUCUAAACAAUCACAGACUAAGAAAUCCGGAGGAAAGUCGAGAUUCCAAUUCUGGAAAAGAGACCCGCACCCAAACGCUGACUCGAAAAUGGUCAAAAUAGAUUCUACCACCAAAACGGGGACCGCAGUAACAGGUUCAAAUGAAAUGCAAGGACUGCAUUACUAA